GACAACUCGAUAUCUACAGCGAUCUGACGGCUUGGUAACUCGAGGAGCCGAAUGUCGUUCAAAUGACGGUUGAGCAGCCAGUGAAGGAGCAACAUCGUCGGCUGAGAAAUGUUAGCUUGUUGACAGCUAACGUUAGUCAACAAGCUAACGUAGUUAAUUAGCGUAGCUAAGACCCCUGAUUUAUCGAAAGCGACACCAUGGCAUGAUAAUAUAGUAUUUGCUAGUCAAUAUAUCCCCUGUAGGGGAUGCCUAGUUUUAAACGAAUGCGUUGAGCAACAUAUUAUGUGAGGAUUAUAUGAGGACUUUCGAGUUAGCUGAGUUCGAUAGCUGGAAUCAUUUUAGUACCCAGGUGAUUUGGCAGUGUCACUCUAGCUUGUUCUUUGUUGGGGCUUGGCUUGUGGUUAAACGUGUUCUUUAGGUUACAUCUAUACUCCCCUACCGCUAUACUAUUAGUCACUUUUUUUGUUUUUAAAAAUGAAAAACUGUGAGUAUCGACAAAUAGACCUACGAGCGCUCAGAACAUCGACCACCCAGACCUCCACCAACAAAACCUCGCAGCGUGUACGGAGGAAAUGGGAGGUUUUCCCUGGAAAAAACCGCUUCUACUGUGAUGGGCGUAUUAUGUUGGCCAGGCAGUGUGGUGUGCUCCCGCUGACCAUCGUCCUUAUUUUCAUGACCAGUGGCCUUUUCUUCAGAUUUGAUUGCCCCUUUCUGGUGCAUCACCUCACGGUCUUCAUUCCAGUUAUUGGUGGGGUGUUAUUUUUAUUUGUCGUCAUCACCCUCCUUCAAACCAGUUUUACAGACCCAGGGAUUUUACCCAGGGCUUUGCCGGAUGAGGCGGCAGACAUUGAGAAGCAGAUUGAUAAUUCUAGAUCUUCAACAUACCGUCCACCUCCCCGCACUAAGGAGAUCCUUAUAAAUGACCAGGUGGUCAAGCUUAAAUACUGCUUCACAUGCAAGAUGUUUCGUCCGCCUCGGACAUCCCAUUGCAGCCUGUGUGAUAACUGUGUUGAGCGGUUCGACCAUCAUUGUCCUUGGGUGGGGAACUGUGUUGGGAAGAGAAACUAUCGUUUUUUUUAUGCAUUCAUAGUGUCACUAUCCUUUCUGACCUCCUUUAUCUUUGGCUGUGUGAUUACUCACCUCACAUUAAUCAGGUCUGAAGCAGGUUUGUUCUCUUAUCAGUUACUCUCAUUAACAGGAUCACAAAGAGUGAAUGGUAUCAUCCAGGCAAUAAAGGAGAGCCCGGCCAGUGUUGUCGAGCUAGUCAUUUGUUUUUUCUCCAUCUGGUCCAUUCUGGGUCUGUCAGGUUUCCAUACUUAUCUUGUGGCCUCCAAUCUCACAACCAAUGAAGAUAUCAAAGGCUCUUGGUCCAGUAAAAGACGAGAAGCAUCAGGGAAUCCAUACACCUAUAACAACAUCUUCACAAACUGCUGUGUGGUGCUUUGUGGGCCGAUGCAACCCAGCUUGAUUGACAGAAGAGGCUUUUUACCUCCAGAUGACGCACCUCCUAUUGUGACCUCUGACACUGAGCUCACUCAUUUCAUGGCUAAGAAGGACACAAAUAUGUGCACACAGGGCACAAAGGAGCUUUUAGAAUCAUUGGCACACUCCGAAGUGAUCCAGAGCACCUGCACUCCGGGUACACCUAAAACCACCCCAGUCAUCCAAGAGAGUCUACCAAGUACCGUCUCUAUCACUGUCUCUCCCUCCAGCAAGUCUCCUUCUGCUGGCUGCUCAGGCCGCCAGGCCCGGCGCCCCAUUGACGUUCCCUGCUCCCAGAGAGGGAACAAACAGGCCACUCUUCACACCCAUAAAACCAUGUUGCAUGUAUCCAGCCCUCCCUACUCCCUUGGCCACAGUCCAAUCACUCUUAGUGAUGCUCCCGACAUGGGCUUUAUCCCACUAAACUGAGCACAAUUCCCCUGCCACCAGCAGCCUUGUGCAAACACUGUCAAACACUUUGAGAACAGCAUUACACCUUUUAAGAAACUGUACUGUACAUACUACACUCAGGAUCCUCUAAGGAAACAUGGCAUCUUUCAACAAAUGGGAAUAAGGCUGCAUUGACUUCUUAAAUAACAGAGAUUUGGAGAUUUUAUUUUAUUUUUGUUCCGUUAACAACAACAUACACCUAGUGGAGAGAACACCUUCAGAUGAUCAGUGUUUAACAGAACCUCAAGUUUGUUUUUGUUUUUUUUUAAUCCUUUUGCCAUCUAUUUAGACCUAAUGCAAUAAUUAUAUGCUUUGAAAGGUCACUUAAGUCUAAAAAAGCCUUACUUUAGAGUCACUUCUGUUCAUUUUAUGUGGUGUUAAAGACCCUCUACAUUGAAGUCAUUGUUGGUAUAAAAAAAAAAAAAAAAAAAGUAUUCACACCACCAGCCAAGUAUAUUAACAGCAGUUAUGAAUGGGUAUCAGAGAGCUCGGGAUUCAAGGGUUAAUGAGUUAUCUAUGUAUGUGAUACAGUGUUACUGUUGGUCCAGGGUUUAUUUUCUCCUGUAUAAUGUUGUGGCCUCAAAUGAAUUAACAGCGGCCAUAUUUAGGUUUAUUUUGUGUUGUUUUAAUACAGGGUCUUUCCUUCAUUGAAAAUUUUUCGGUGGCAUUCCAAGUGAAGUUUGGGCAUCUUAAAGGAAAUGCAAUAUUAUUUGAUCUAUAGUCUUCAUCUUGAGUUCUGCAUUUUUAGGUUGAAAGUGUUAGAGCACAGCAAGAACCACAGACCACAAAACCUGUGUGAUCCAUUUAAUUUCUACUGAGAAUUUUCUACUUUAAAAUACUGUCAAGGAAGUCAAAUACCUUAAAUAACUAGUUAGCCCUAAAUGCAUAAAAGGUAAUCUUGGGAAUACAAAUGUGGAUGUUGACUUCCCAUAGCACUUUGAGGUAGAAAAUAAAAAAAAUUUCAAUUAAGGUAUCGUGAACUUACAAUGAAAAUUGUUUUUACAGCAUUUCUUAAUGUGAUAAAUGAUUCUACAUUAUAAUACUUUUUAACAUUUCAAGUUGAAUCAGCUAACUAUAAUGUAUUAUGAGCAAACAUUAGUUAAUUCUAACUUGAAUCAAUUAUUUCAAAAGGUGUUUUUCAUUAUAAUUUUAAGAUUACCAAACAGUCUUAAUUGUAAUUACUUUUAGAAUACAUAUUAUGGCACAAAUUAUCUAUAAUGUGUAAUUACACAAAAUGCAAUUAAUUUUUAUAAUCAAAUUUGCACAUGUAUUUAAGCAGCCACCGAAAAACAUUUUUAAUCUAGGAAAAACCCUUUAGUAUUUCCGACUUUUCAUUGGUGGGUCAAAGAUUGUUUUCUGAUUGUUAUUAAAGUGUUUCUACUAAGCUUGAAAGAAGAAGUGUUGUAACUGAAACCUUCCGCCUUGAGAUUGAUGGAUUUCUAAUGAGUUAUUUAUAUCAUCAUUAAUAAGAUGAUCAUCACGUUUUUUAAUAAAUCAGAUUCUGGCACAGUCAUAAAGUUGACAGUAUAAGUUUGAUAAUGUUUUGCUCAUUUAAGAACUUAGACUUCUAGAAGUUGAUCACUGCCAGCAGCAUUGGAGGGAAAGUAAAUGAAUAAUGACUUGUGUUUUGUGUUAUUGUCCUUUUUUACCUAAAGAUUUAAAGACAACGUAAUAAACAAAUGUUCUUUCCA